AUUGCGUUUGCCGUGAAAGCCUUGCCCCUUUUCAACCACAAUGGAGUCUAGAGAGAUUUACUCCCCUACUACUAAUUCUUACCUUUAAAUCAAUUUGGGUUAUAUUCAGCCUAUAUUUCCCGUUCAUUGCCAACAGUGAUUUGGCAUAUUUGUGGCUCAAUUGCUGCAAAGAUUGCAGCUUCUAAAAGCAAAUAUUUGUUCUUAGCUGGCUUCAAUCAGGAAAUUGUUUCAGGCUAUGUAGCACUAAUCUCAUUUUGUCAUUCAAACGCUGCAUUUUUGUUUGGUGGAAAACGACCAACCAAAUUAAGGCAUGACUGAGUAUAAGCUUGUUGUGGUGGGUGCUGGAGGUGUUGGGAAGAGUGCCUUAACUAUCCAGCUCAUCCAGAAUCACUUUGUGGAUGAAUAUGACCCCACCAUUGAGGACUCGUACAGGAAGCAGGUGGUGAUUGACGGAGAGACGUGUCUGCUGGACAUCCUUGACACUGCAGGUCAAGAGGAGUACAGCGCCAUGAGGGACCAGUACAUGAGGACAGGGGAAGGCUUCCUCUGUGUGUUCGCCAUCAACAACAUCAAGUCCUUUGAGGACGUUCACCUGUACAGAGAACAGAUCAACAGGGUGAAGGACAGUGACAGUGUGCCUAUGGUGCUGGUGGGGAACAAGAGUGACCUGGGGAGUCGGAGCGUGGAGAGCAGGCAGGCUCAGGAGCUGGCCCGCGGCUAUGGUGUGCCCUUCGUGGAGACCUCUGCCAAAACCAGACAGGGAGUGGAGGAGGCGUUCUACUCUCUAGUCAGGGAGAUCAGGAGGUAUAAGGAAACCAACCGCAGCAACAAGAAGAGCAAGAAAAGCACUCAGAGACGUUGCACCAUUCUAUAACACCACACACACAUUGCACAUAGCCCAAUAACCCCCUCACACGCUGCACAUAGCCCAAUAACCCCCUCACACGCUGCACAUAGCCCAAUAACCCCCUCACGCGCUGCACAUAGCCCAAUAACCCCCUCACACGCUGCACAUAGCCCAAUAACCCCCUCACGCGCUGCACAUAGCCCAAUAACCCCCUCACGCGCUGCACAUAGCC